AUGAAACUAUCCUGGGCGUCUGGGAUUGACAUUGCAUACUUUGGUACUUUUUCGCUGAUCAAUAUCCGGUCCCAAAUAUCCAAGGCUUCACUCUUUCGCCAAAUGUUCUCCUGUGAGAUCAAACAAGCCCACGGUAAGGAAAACGUGAUUGAGGAUGUUCUAUCGCGAAGCGCGAUGGACUCCAUCGCCACACACCCUGCUAAACAGUUGAGAUUUGCUACAAGAAUGGAAAUCCUCUUAUUUAUUAUCGGGAUAAUUGCUAGCGCGGGAUUGGGUGCGCUUUUUCCCCUGAGUAUGGCAUUGUUUGCAGACAUGGUGGACGACCUGAUUCGUCAUCUAUUUUUCAAUGCAGCGAACUUGAUUGAGGGCCAAAUACCACUCUUUGUUGAGUUGGCCGUAGCUUCAUUGGUUCUUGGAUUUAUUCAAAUGUUUUGUCUAAACUUGUCUUCAAGAAGACAAGGACAACGGAUCCGGCUUUUAUUCUUCCAGUUUGCCAGCUGCUUCAAUAUUUUUUGUUGUAUGAUGAGGCUUUCCAGAUUAAUUCUUUCAUCCCUUGAUCUAAAUACUAAUUUACAGAGUAUGCUGCGCCAAGACGCAAGUUGGUAUGACUCGCAAGCAUCGGGCGCCCUCAUCAGUCUAAUUUCAACCAGUGUUCCUCAGAUCCAGGCCGGACUUGGCAACCGAAUUGGCAGCUUCAUGAGAGAUUUCGUUCUUUUUGUCGGCUGUCUUAUCAUGGCAUACAUCAAGGGAUGGAAGUUAGCUCUCGUUGCAUCGUCGAUGAUACCGCUCAUCAUUAUUUCCUUCGCCGUCCUUGGACUAUCUCUGAACUAUUUCAACAAGCGAGAAAUUCGGGCCUACAGUAGAGCAGGUGGCAUAUCUGGCGAAAUUUUGAGCUCUAUCCGUACCGUUUUUGCAUACGGAGCAGAGGAAUACUCCUGCAAACGGUACACAGAGCAAUUGUACAAGGCCGAACGCACUGGCAUAAAAAAGUCUAUGGCUCUCGGCGCAGCAAAUGGCUUCGUAAGCUUUUCAAUUUUUUCUGCGGCUGCGUUGGUCCUCUGGUACGGUAUCACACUUGUUCGAACUGAGCGUUUCAGCAGUGGAACAGUCAUCUUGGUGGUUGUCAGCAUAAUCAUUUCAAGCAUUUCAAUGGGAAAAGCUCUUCCAGAAAUCGAGGCAAUUGCCCGCGCCUUGUCAGCCGCCAAAAAAGUUUACCCAAUCAUUGACCGGAUACCAAACGUUGACAUUGCAUCCGACGGAGACAUGCUAUCGGACAUAAAGGGCAAAAUCGAAUUCAAAAAUGUCUCUUUCGCUUAUCCAACACGACCGACUGUGCGGAUACUGAAAGACUUCAACCUAACCGUUGAACCAGGUCAGAAGGUUGCCAUUGUUGGUCUGAGUGGAUCCGGCAAAAAGAGAGGGAAAGGUAUGCCAAUAAUCACUGGUCUUGUUCCUCAUGUUCUGAUUGAUGAUCACAAUGUUAAAAAUUUGCAUUUGGGUUGGCUGCGCCAGCAACUGGGAGUCGUAGCGCAGGAGGCCGAUCUCUUUACAGGAACGGUGGCUGAUAACAUCCGAAUUGGUUCUAUAGACGCUACUGAUGAUGAAGUCGAGGAGGCUGCCACUCUGGCCAGUGCGCAUGGAUUCAUUAUGAAGCUUCCGCAGGCGUUGAACACUGCUUGCUCUGGUCGCUCCGUCAUUAUGGUGGCGCACCGACUGACAACAGUACGGAAUGCUGACAAAAUCAUCGUUAUGCAAGAGGGAGACGUCGUGGAGAUCGGAAGCCAUGAAGAACUAAAACGGGCCAAGGGAAGGUACUGGAAGAUGCUACAGGCCCAGGAGAUCGCUUGGUUCGACCAGCAUGAGAACCAGCCGGGCAUUCUGACGGCUCGCCUGGCUGCAGACGCACCCAGUCUGGAGAAGAUCUCCGGUUCACAACUCGGUCUUAUGGUGGAAGCCGCCUGCUUAGUCAUUGUCUCGCUCGCUAUUGCCUGCAACUUCAGUGUCGGCAGAGCAGCCUCCUUCCUGCCUGAUCUGAAAUCCGCCAACGCAGGUGCACGCAAAAUUAUGCAGAUUUUGCGACGCAAGUCCGAAAUACCGGUUGAUGAUGGCGCUGAACCAAUGAAGCCUUUCAGCGGAGCUAUUGAAUUUCGAGACCUGCACUUCGCCUAUCCUGCUCGUAAACAUACUCAAGUCCUUCAGGGUUUUGAUCACAGUGUCACCCCCGGUUCCUCCGUGGCCCUUGUUGGUCAGUCAGGCUGUGGAAAAUCGACAAUUCUGCAGCUGAUGCUUCGUUUCUACGAAAGUACUGACACUUCGGAGGAGAGCGGCGUUUUUAUGGAUGGUUGGAACAUCAAGGAGCUGAGUCCAAGCUGGAUCCGGUCAAGAAUUGGUGUCGUUUUUCAACAAUCCGACCUCUUCGACCUGACGAUUCGUGAAAACAUUGCCUUUGGAGAUCUUACUCGGGAGUUGAGUAUGGACGAGAUCAUAGCCGCAGCUCGGAUCGCAAAGAUUCAUGAGUUCAUCAUGAGUCUUCCUCAGGGCUACGAGACGACAGUGGGUAUCCGAGGUUCCCAACUUUCUGGCGGUCAACGCCAACGCCUGGCUAUCGCAAGGGCAAUGGUGCGCAAACCCGUUCUCUUGCUGUUGGAUGAGGCGACUUCCGCGUUGGACGCCGAAAAUGAACGUGCAGUACAGGACGCCCUGAAUGACGCCAUUACUUCCUCCUCCAUGACCUGCCUGGUCGUAGCUCACCGUCUCUCCACGGUUGAGGCCUGUGACUGUGUAGUGGUUGUAGAGGGAGGGCAGAAGGUUGAAAGCGGCCCGCCGCAUGCCCUGCUGCAGGCCAAG